UCCAAAAGGUCACAGGUCACUGAGGAAUCCAUAGAAACAGGAAACGAAGCUUCCUCGGUCCAGUUUGAAACAUCAAAACCUGUUUCCUUUCUCCACCGCAGAUAAAAUCACCGGCAGGGCACAUUUCUGCAGGUUUGUUGCAAACGCUGCAGCUGAUGGGGAAAAGGCGGCACAAGCUUUCUGUGAGGAAUAUCUGAGAGACAUUGCCCAGCGUUUACAAAACAUGAGAACGAGGGAGGUAUACGUGGUGCUGGUUUUAAUGUUCUUGGAAUGGAGAAGCACAGGAGCCAGUUCCACAGUCAGGGACCUGGAGAUACCUGUGGUCCACGAAGCGGAAACAAGUCACCCUAGCUUGACUUCUAGUGAAACACCGGACUUCAGACAUAUGGAGGCAACACCUGCACCUCCCACUGCAGAAAAUCCAAUCUCUUUGGUGAAUACAAGCCGUGAGGAUGAGGAAAGACGUAGCAUUCCUCUACCUACAAAAGAGUCUCUAGGACUGCAAACUCCAUUAGCAACACAGGAGAAGAAUUCCUCAACCCUUAUGAGUCCCAGAAGAGGGAUCAAUGAUAACGGCUUUCCUAAUGCUAAGAUGCAAGCUCUUUCUAACAGCACAGGGAUCCCCUCAAAAAGCCUUCCUAGAAAAGGCCCUCUUCAAAGCGAAGUUCCUAGAAGCCAAAAAGGAGCGACAGGGAACAGAUCUUCCAGGCAGUCGGACUAUAGCAGCAGCAAAACACCCAACUUUGAAACUACCAGGGGAAAGAAUUGGUGCGCUUAUGUUCAUACACGGCUGCAGCCCACCAUAGUGGUUGACAAUGUGGAAAACUAUGCCUCGGGCAGAAACAAACUAUGUAGUUGGAUUAGUGGACCCUGCGGAUCAAGCUCUCAGUCAAGGACUCACCAAGCUUACAGAGUCAAACAUAUGAUUGUGACUUCACUGGAGUGGAAGUGCUGUCCUGGAUACAGUGGACAAACCUGCCAGCCCAAAGCUCAACAGGAUCAAUUGCUUAUUCACAGCAACCAGGCUGAAAGCAACGCAGCUGUCAACGGUGGAACCCUGGGAAACCAACUGCCGUAUCAGCAACAGCAGGACCUCACCAACCCAGCAGUUGCACAAAAAAUGAAUGAGCAGAUUAGCAGCCAGGAGAUGAAACUGACUUUGCUACAGAAGAAGGUUGACAACAUUUCCGUCGUCAUGAGUGAUGUGAGCAAGACACUCUCCUCUCUGGAAGGCAAAAUCAAUGAAGAUAAGGGCAGGGACUUGCAGGCUUUUCUAAAAGGUCUCAAGUCCAAAAGCAUUAAUGAGCUAGUGAACGAGAUUGUAAAAGAGCAGAUCAAAGUCUUCCAAAAUGACCUGCAAGAAACUCUAGCCCAGAUUUUCAAGAUUAUGUCUGGUCUAACUGAAAAUCUCGAGAGUACCAAAGAAAUGGUCAAAAGUUUGAAUGCAUCUCAACAAAAAUUUGCCUUGGAAAUAGAAAAUAGACCAGGAAAGAUGGAAAUCCUAGAGAUAAAGACCCAGAUCCUGCACACUGAAAAACAGAUAAGCAUUACUUGUGAUCAGCCAAUCAGAGAUCUGCAGGACAAGCAGGUGGCUAUGGAAAUUGCCUUGGAGCAUCAAAGCUCAAAGAGUAACAUUUACUACGAAUCUCUGAACAAGACUCUGAGCCAAAUGAAAGACGUUCAUGAGCAGCUGUUAUCAGCUGAAAGGGUCUCAGAUCAAAACAUCCCUACAGCGAUGGAAAGUAAAUCAGCAAGUGAUAACAUUACAGAUUACGUGAUUGGUCUGCAUGAGAAAGUGAAAACACAGAGCUUGAUGGUUCUGCAGCUUUAUGAUGACCUCAGAGUCCAAGACAGCAAGAUCAACAACCUCACUCUAGCGCUAGAGAUCCAGAAAGACUCCUUACCAGGAGCAUUCGAGGACGUGUUAGCCGAGUGCCGGAAGGAAUUCCAAACGCAGCUGAAAGGGGCAGAAGAGAACAUGCUUACUUUAAACAGAACAAUGGAGAACAUUGUGUUUCCUUUGGAUGAUAAGAUGGACAAAAUGACAGAGCAGAUUAAUGACCUCUGUUAUGAUAUGGAGAUUCUCCAGCCUUUGAUUGAGCAAGGAGUGCCUUUUAGCCUCACGUCAGAUGAUGACCAGCAGAUCAAAGUGGAAGCUGUAAACAAGAAGCUGGAAAACUUAACUAAUGUUGUGACCGGUUUGAGUUCCACCAUCGAGGGACUCACCAGCAGCCAAAAGGAGCUCAAAAACAAAGCUCAAGCUCACAAGGAAGAAUCUGAGAGACGUAUUGAGGAAUGUUUUGUUUUAAUGGAAGAUGGCUUAAACAAGACCAUGAUGGUUAUCAACAGCGCCGUCGAUUCUAUUCAAGAUAACUAUGUGCUGAAGGAAACACUGGAUACCUUGAGAAAUGAAACAAAAGCCUGCUGUCAUGGAGCAGAGAACUCAGAAAGCAUAUUGACAUGGAUAUCUCAGUUCCAACUCAUGAAUGAAUCCCUUCAGAUACUAGUCAAUGAGAAUCAAAAAUCUAACUCUGUUGUAAAAAGGACUCUGCCAUUUUUCAAUCCUUCAUCAGAUGAACAGGACAAAAUAAGGUUCCCUGAUCUUAAUCAAGACCGUCAAGUUUUCAACAUAACAGCUUUUUCAAAUAUGCAAGAGCAUAACCGAGACACUGGUCACCGGGAAGAGAGGAUCUUGAACCCGACAGAGGAGCGUGAAGAUCAUGAAGUUCGCCUGCAGGCUGUGGAAGCAAAAAUUGCCAAGUUUUUGGCAAACAACUGUGUCUCAGUACGAAAUGUCAAAGCUGCUUUAGCAGAAAAGGACAAAGUGGUUUCGGGUCAGUUUCAGACUCUGAGUUCCAGAAUCAGAGCACUGGAAGUCAAAUCCAUCCGGGUGUCCGUGAGCAUCCCACUCUUAAACAAGACUGCUUAUGAAGCGAGAAGCUUGUGUCGAGAUAUCUCUGGAAGAAUUCAAGAGGUGAAUGCCAGCAUCCCCAGGUUAAUGCAAGUUGCUCACCCAGAUAUUGUGCUAUUUCAGAAGGGCUUGCAAGAGUUCACUGAAUCUGUGCUGGAGAUAAAAGCAGGAACGAUCCUAUCAAACCUAACCGGGUAUAUAGACAAGUCCCUUACUGAUGCAGUAUAUAAUAUUACCAAACGUCUGAAGCCAACUCCUCCAGUUGUAAAAAAGCCAGGAACUGUGAAAAAGCCGACGGUGAACACUACUGCAAGCCAGUCUGGACGGAGCCAGAGAAAUACAGAUAUUUUGGAUGCAGGUGAUUAUUUGAGCUGCAGUAGUUCCCCUUGCCAAAAUGGAGGCACCUGUGUCAAUGAAAGGAAGGGCUUCGUCUGUGCUUGCCGCUAUCCCUUCGGAGGAGCCGACUGCAACACAAAGAUGAUGGAGGAAAAUGCUGCUGCCAUAGAUUUCUCAAAAGGAUCUUACAGGUAUGCGCCAAUGGUGGCCUUUUUUGCUUCACACACCUACGGGAUGAAUACUCCUGGUCCUAUUCGGUUUAACAAUCUGGAUGUAAAUUACGGCUCUUCCUAUGUCCCAGCAACUGGAAAGUUCCGUGUGCCGUAUCUCGGUGUUUAUGUUUUUGAAUAUACUAUUGAGUCACGCAGCCCACGCCUCUCUGGCUACCUAGUGGUUGACGGAACAGACAAACUGACUUUCCAGUCCGAAAACACAAAUGAAGAGAAAUACAUGGAUAGGGUAGUGAGUGGGUAUGCCUUACUGGAACUGAAUUAUGGUCAAGAGGUCUGGCUCAGACUGGCAACAGGAUCUAUCCCCGCCAAAUACCCACCUGUAACUACAUUUACUGGAUACUUGCUGUACCGUACAUAAAUCAGUUGCACAUAGAAGCUCUCCUCCACAACGAAAACUCUUUCCUUUUGCUUCUAAGUUCUCCUUCUACCACCGCAAUGUGAAUCUCAUUUAAAGUUGCACCAUUUCUCUCAAUAUGAAAUUUGGGACUUCAACUGUCAGAAAACAGAAAUGCACAAUCUUUCCCAUUACUGUAAUUCUAUAAGGGGGGGGGAGCUUUAUUUCCUCCUGCAGUUAUUAAAACCCAAGGAGCCCUUGUGGACAGUAAGUGUCAACCCUUGUCUCAUUAAGUACAGUCAAACUUCCUAAUUUCCCAGCUAUACCAACUUAUCUUCCACUGGAUCAUUGGAAGUCUCGUCUCAUUAGGUGGAUGUUUUCAGCAUAUCCACAAUCUUAGCUAGAAUUUUGCACCAGUACUAAAGAAGUGCUACAGUUUAUAAAUUUUAUCACCAUUGUGAACCAAUUGUGUGUCAGCAAUUGCGUGAAUAUAGGCUGCUCACACACUAAUCAGAUCAGGACGCCUUUGUUCCCAAUUUUUAGAGACAGUUACAGAAAAAUAGAGGGCCCACUGGGUAAGGAAUGAUAUUGAGUACAUGUAGAAUACAUAGGCCUCCUCUGGGUCCCAAUCCUAUACAGAGCUAUCCAGUGUGGCGCAGCAAUUAGAGUGUCAAAUGAGGACUUGGGAGACCCAAGUGUAAAUCCUGACUAUGCCAUGAAGCUUUCUGGGUGAUCUUGAGUCAGCCUCUCCCUCUCAGCUUACUUUGUCUACCUCACAGGGUUGUUGUGAGGACAGAAUGGAGGAAGAGAGGAUUAUGUCUACCACCCUCAGUUCUUUGGAGGAAGGGUAGAAUUAAAAUGUAUAAAUAAGUUCAAGUCCAUAGAGGUCAAUGGGUUUCCUAGGUAUGUGCAGGCUAAGCCUAUAGAUGUCAAUCGGUUUAGACUGAAAUCAGUAGGUUUGGACUGGAGUCAUUGUCUAGGAUAUGUCUACCACCCUCAGUUCUUUGGAGGAAGGGUAGAAUUAAAAUGUAUAAAUAAAUUCAAGCCCAUAGAGGUCAAUGGGUUUCCUAGGUAUGUGCAGGCUAAGUCUAUAGAUAUCAAUUGGUUUAGAUUGAAAUCAGUAGGUUUGGACUGGAGUCAUUGUCUAGGAUUGCUCUGCUGGGGUAGCUUUCAUUUCCCCCCCAGUAUUUAAACCUUCUGGUCUCAUUUUGUUCAUAUCACAUUUUGCAAUUGGUUACAAAUAACAAGGACACAACGUCUCCAUUUAAACACUGGAGUUUCAAGGGGUAAAAAACUCAUUCACUAUUGUAAAAAAAUUGACUGAUUUCAAUUUAACAAAUUAAUAAAUUAAUCACCUGGAUAAAGUAAGGGUGAUACUUUUAGGAUACUGGGAAAUGAUCAUUUCUCUUGACUUUUAUUUUUAACAAGAUUUUGAGGGGUGGGGGGCAGAAUCAUCCUUAAUGCUUUGUAUAAUUCAAGAGAAAUAAAUGGGUUGCAUGUCGUCAGCACGCUAUACCCUUCACAGGGGAGAGCUUUGAUGAAAAUCUGAUUAAAAAUCCAUGUAUUUAAUCUGCAGUUAGUAAAUUAGACAAUUAAUAGCAUCAAUUAAGGGAUUAACACUUCUGUCCCGCUGUCAGUCCUGCAGGACUGAAUUUUACUGUUAUUGGAUAAGAAAUUUGUGACGAUUAAAAUGUCGAGCAAAAAAUAAAAGGAAAAAGAAAGAAAUCUUCCCACCUCUGCUUUUUGCCCAUUCCAUAUUCUUAAAAACUGUGCCUUCUGUUUAUGAGACUAAUCUUCAACACACCAUGAACCCUGAAUGUAUAUAUCCUAGCCCCUUCUCCCACUGAUGUUCCAUAUCAUACGUGAAUUCCCUAGUUUGUCACCAGCCUAUCCUUGCAUAUCACUGAAUUUUAUCAAAUGUCUUGCCCACAUGGCCGAAUCCCUCCCCACUCCUUGUAUGACUUUGUCAGCUUAAUAACCUGUUUAGUCCUCUUUAUUCCUGCUACAGAUAGGGCUAAAUGGCAUGGAAAUUACUCUGCAGAUGAAAUUCAAAUGACCCACCAGAGACAGCAUCUUUCUCUUUAAAUACGGCUUCUUUUGCCCUUGCUGCCAUUAGGAUUAAAUCCUUCCAGCCAGGUCUCCAUCUUCAGGGAGGCUAAUUGUUUUCUUCCCAACUUAGACUCCUGAUUAGCUUUUUGUUUAUUUUCCAUUACCAAAAAAAUAUUAAAAUCUCUCUAGGACAGACCUCUGACCUGGUGCCCCUCUGAAGCAAUAUGCAGGGGAAAAAAUCAGUAGCUAUCCAGGGUGCACAGAUCAUAAAAAACCACACCCAGUUUGCUUAUACGAUAAAUACUCGUACAUACGUGCACAAAAGUCUCUCUAUUUAUCAUUCCCCUGAUGCUUGUUGGUUAAGUAUAAUCAUGUUCCUGAUGAGUUUUUAUAGAUUUGAUCAGGGUUUUUUUUCCUGGAAAAGAGGUGGUGGAACUAAGUGGUGCACAAACUCCCCUCUGUCUGGAGAUCAGGGGGCGGGGCCACCGUCCAUGUGACCAUUUUUAAGAGGAGCCAGAAUUCCAUUCCACUGCAUUCCCACUGAAAAAAAGCCCUGGAUUUGAUAUUCUGUGGGUUAAGAGAGGUGUAACAUUUUUAGAGGGGCAGAUGUGCCCUGAGGGCCAUUGCUGUUGUUAAAACAAUCAUACCUCUUUCUGUUCUGAGUGAGUCCAAAUACAGCCGUUUCCAUAAGUUUUCAGCAUGGUUGGUUUUGAACUGAGGAAAAGCUGAUAUGGUGGGUGACUCUUGGUGCCUGUGACAUCAGCAACUAACCUCCCUCUCUCCAUUCCGAGACCAAUUUUGCCACUACUUUAACUCUUUUUUUGUAAGAUGAAGGGUGCAUAAAUUCUUAUAUGCCACUUAAAACAAAACUGCAGAUAGCCUACCUGGUAAAAUGAUGGAGGUCUGAAAUACCACCUUGGCAUGGCGUAAAUUGCUAGUCCAGUAUUUGUAGGGUUGCCAACUGCGAGUCAGGAAAUUCCUGCAGAUUUGGAGGUGGAGCCAGAGGAUGCUGGGGUUUGGGGAAGGGAGCUCAGCAGGGUAUAAUGCAAUACAAUCCAGCCUCCAAAGCUGCCAUGUUCUCCAGGGGAAUUAAUCUCUGUAAUCUGGAAAUCAGAUGUAAUUCUGGGAGAUUUGCAGGUCCCACCUGGAAGUUGGCAACCCUAAGUGUUUGACUUGAUGCUAUGUAUUUCUCUAGCACACAGUGCCAAGCCAGUGUGCCUGUCCUCUACGCUCUGCUUGUCAACCAUCAUAUUGUAAACCAUUAUUAUUCACCCUUUCAUUUUGAAAUAUUGUGUGAUACGGGCCUACCUGAGGAUGGUUUUGUAACAAUGAGAAGUUUCAUUAAUAAAGUAAAAGAAAAACA